UACGCACACGCGCAAGCAAGCACACACAACGCGCGUUUCGCUAUCUGCUCUGUCUCGUCGCCGCUGAGAAAAAAAACAUCCCGUUUGGGUGGAGGAAGGUCGGGAGGUGGAAGUUCACUUGGUCGGAGCGGCCCUCGGUAGUGCGGAGAGGGGAGGGAGGCUCGGGAAACGCGGACGCGGCUCUCGGCUCGGUAUUUCCACCCCGGAGUGUCACCUUGCGUCUUGUUCUUCUGCUACACAGCACAACUUCAUUACGUCAUUUGUUUUUGCUCAGAGGUCCCAGUAUGCAUCAGGUCUCCAGUUGGUGAAAAAUGGUUCCUAGCAGAAAUUUCAUCAGCUGUAUUCAAGUGGAAAACAACACAACUUUCACGAACCACUUAGCAAUGAUACUUUCUGCCAAGAGAACUUCCAACCAAGGCGUAUGACCCAAACAGACACAUCAAUACUAGGACAUAACAAAUUGGACAGAAGAUAGCAGCCAAGCAGAACACUCAAGGAUCAACAUGGAUGUUGAGCGGCAAGGGGUUAUAGGUGACUCCCUUUCUGAACCCUCUCAUCAUGAUCCAGAUGAGGAAAAGAAACAGGUUCACAACUGUGACCUGUGUGGCAGAACUUUCCUUUUCUUAAGCUCUCUGUCUCAGCACAUGAGAAAGCACACAGGGGAGAAGCCGUACAAGUGCCCCCAUUGCCAGCACCGGACAGCCCAGAAAGGCAGCCUGAAAGCCCACAUUCGUACCCAUAAAGUAGAUAGUAUGAGUCAGAGCACUGGAAGAAAUGAGGAAGAGGUGGAAGAUGAAGGAGACAAGGAAGGAGGAGUGCCGGAAGAGCAGGGUGGUUGUUCCAGCCCAACAGAAAGCACCUCUGCUUGCAAUAAGAUGGUGAGUGGUGAGGAGACCACUAAGACAAGAAAGAAAGGGGUUAAGAAAGAAAGGGCAAGCAGUGAGGGAGGCAAGCAGUGCUCACUGUGUAGGAAGAGGCUCCGGAGUCAAGCUGAACUCAAGCAGCAUAUGCACGACUUUCAUGAUACCUCGCAGGAAGAGCACUUGCAGACUGAAACGCAAAACUCACAUCCCACAGAGGAACACUCCACCAUGGAGGAUGGUCCAAACAUGGAGGAAGCAGAGAAAGAGAAUGAGCUUGGGAAAGGGGACUUUCCAUGCGAUCAAUGUGACCAAGUCUUCACACAAGCCUGGUUCCUCAAAGCCCACAUGAAGAAGCAUCAAAAUACUCGGGAUCAUGGAUGUCGUAUCUGCGGCCGGAGAUUCCGUGAACCCUGGUUCUUGCGCAGCCACAUGAAGACGCACAAUACCAAGUCCAAGCCAAAGAAUGAUUCUGAACUUCCUGCGACUGUUAAUGAGGUGACACAGGUUGAAGCUUCCCUGGUAAAUGACAUUUGCCUAUAUGAACUGUGCGCUAAGUGCGGUAACUUCUUCCAUGACCGCAAGAGCCUGCGGCUGCAUGAUCAAGUCCACAAGAACACAGAUAAUCCCACUAACGACAGUGAUUGUCUUUCAUCUCCCGUCACCAAGAGACGCUUCCUAGAGUGUUUGAACUUAAGAAUGGCAGGUGAGAUGGACAAGCUCUCGGAGGAAAGGCUUGGCAAGAGAAUUCCCGAACUGGACCCUGUUAGCAGCUAUCAGGCCUGGCAGCUAGCCACCAGAGGAAGGGUGAUGGAGGUUUCUGAAAAAGGCCUGGGCUGGGAGGAGAGGUUAGCAGAUGCAGAUGUGGUCUAUGACAAGAAAAAGGGGGAAUAUGUACUACUGAGACAGGAGAAACGAAAGAAACAAUUAGAUGCCACUCUAAGUAUCCCUAAUAAGAAGAAGCGGGGGACAGUGACCCAAGUCUCAAGCAGCACCAGCACCACUACUGAUUAUCAGAGAUAUGGGGAGCAAAGUGGAAGUGUGGGGAGUUUGAGCGACUCCGAAUACCGUCCCUCUUCACGCCAUAACCGUAAAAAUUCCCAGAGUAAGACCUCUGAGUGCUUGGAGUGUGGGAAAGGAUUCCGAACUCAGCAACAGAUGGUGAUUCACAUGCUUAUAAGACAUGGCAGCAUGAGGGAAGACAUGAAUGGGGUUUCUCUUCAAAAUCUCUUUCCUAAGACACAGCCUAGUCGUUCUAAAUCUGUAGACUCUGCAGAGGACCAAAAUCAGAUGUUAUUCUCAGACAAUACAGAUAAAAAGCCAUACACCUGUGACCACUGUGACUUCCACACCACUGAUUCAGCUGCCAUGGUGUCUCAUGUGCGCAUUGAGCAUGCAGCUGUCAGCAAUGAGGCCUUAAACAGCAUGAUCACCCAAAGCCACAGUCCUUCCACCAGCCACAGUGGCUUUCCCAGGCUGAGAAAUGCACUACUACAGCAGCCCUACUGGCCCUACACCACCUCCACCCACCUGGAGAGGGCAGCACUAAACAACACAGCACCUGUCUCCAAGAACAGUGAUGAGAAUGGAGAUGUGAAUAGCAAAGGGCAUGGAGAGUCCAGUUCUGACAAAAUGGAUGCCAGUCUGUUGAAUCUUUCUGUGGAGGCUGAAAGUGACAAAGCAGGAGCUGUAGACUCAGUACAGAAUGGUCUAACAAGGCAUCAGUGCCCAUACUGUUCCCAUGCCACGCUGUACCCUGAAGUUCUCUGGAUUCAUCAGAGAAUUGCACAUAAAAUCGACAGCACCACUCUGAUCCCUAAGUGGGCUCCAAAAAAUGGAGUUAAGGCACCCAAGUCGAUUCUUGAUUUCAAGAGGCGCACUGGACCACCUCCAUUUUUGGAGGGCAAGGACUGCCCUUCACUGCCUCAAACACGAAUCCUCCGCACGAGUCCUCCUGAAUUAAGCCCCGGAGGUACCAAAGACAAGCCUCAAAGCAGCAGUGCCGAGUCCACUUACUCACAAAGCAAAAGUCGACUGUCACACUCCUCCAAGCAAAAUCUCAGCAGAUCUCGGGUAGAUGAAGUCAAGAGCUCCAAGAAUAAAAUGGAUACUCACCAAUAUAUCACUUCAUCGAAAAGUAGGGCAAGACCAACACCAAGUCCCCAAAAGAGUGGAAACCCAAACACAGUAAGCAGAUUGAUGGAAAGUAGCUUACUGUCGCAAGAGGGACUACGCUUCAUGCUUAACAACAAGCACAAUGCUUCAGAGCAGAGAAGUCUCAAUCCUCAAACCUUCAAUCGAUCUGAACCUUCAACCCAGGAUACAGACAGCUCUUCUGGAUAUGACCUCUGGAGUAGGCUCAGUGUUGGUGGAUCUUCCUCACAUUCCCAAACUAAAAAGCAGCAGACAGUGGACAGUCCAGGAGCUCUUACAGACAUCUACAGUUUCCUGAAGAAUUGUAAUUCUCAUGAUUUGGCAGCACUUUACCAUCAAUGGGGCGUUAAUAACAUGAUGAUGGGGCCAGCAGGGAUGGCGAGGUCAGGUCAGAAAGAGGGCGAGUAUGUCUGUCCAGUGUGUGGGAAGAGCUUUAACCAACCCAGCCAUUACCGUACACACAUGAGAUCACAUACAGGUGAAAGACCGUUCCAGUGUCAGUACUGUCCCUACAGUGCCUCGCAGAAAGGCAACCUGAAAACCCAUGUCCAGACUGUACAUCGGCUCACCUUUGACAAUGCCCAAUACCCUGACAGGAGGCUCCACCAUGCCCCAUCUGUUGACCACACACACCCUUCAAGUCCUGGAUCAUCCCACAGAGCGACUACUUCCUGAACACGAAACCUCAGCUACACGGGUUAAAGAGGAGAACAUGUCCAUCCAAAGAUCUGUUAUCUCCUCAGGGGUAAUGUGUUCCUAGAUGUAACCAAGGAGGGCUGAUUUUAUUUAAACACAUUCAAGUGUAUAUAUUAUAUUGUAGAAGCUUGGUUGUCUUUAGUUUCAGGUUCUGUGCCAACUGUAAUUGGAAGCUGAUGUCAACUUUUUUUUUUUUUUUGAAUUUGUGUGGAAUUCGAACUAAGUCAGUUUGCAGACAUAACAGAAACAUUUGGUAUAUGCUCCCUUUUCCCUUCUCACCCCAAACCAAUUUCAUACUUGACCGAAAUGUUGACCUUGAUGCAACGUACUGUAGCUUUUUAUGCACUGUCCCAAACUAUCAUCAGUGGAUUUCUUACAAAUGCUGCUUCCUUACAAAUAAUGGCCAGGAUGAUGUUAUAAGUUGAAAUGGUAGCCUUAGUUUGUGUGCUUGUGUGUUUAACUCCUCAGGACUUCAGUUAGAUACAAUUCCAAAGUCUGUAUUAUGAUUAAUAUUAUUAUUAUUAUAAUUAUUUUUGUUAGAUUUAUUGUGGUACUUCUAGAAAACCUGCAGGUUAUCUGUCUGGCAUUAUACACAGAGCUAUGUCAUUAUUUUUUCAGAGACUGUGGUAUGUACAGUCUAGAGUAUGUAAAAACAUUUAGAAAGCUUAAGCAUUCUCCGGUUGUCCACUGGAAGAACCCUCGACGAAAUUCCCUUAAUUUUCCUUGAACCCUUUUAAUGACCUCUUCAGGUUCUUCAACAAUGGUUUCUAAGACUGGGUAUUAACAGUGUGUCGGAUGUCUUGAUAUCAGGUGGUGUGGUGGUGCAGUAAACAGCCCCCGGGUUCCUGGUUUGAUCCUGAGCUUUGUUUACUGUAUGUGUGGUUUUUUACUAGUUCUUCUUAUUUCCCCCCUUUCCCCAUGGGUUCUAGAGUUUCUUCCCUCUUUCAGAAACAAUACAGAAUGUACAGAAUUCAUGAUUCCAGGAUAAUGUACUUAUUGAAGAUGUUUUUGUACCUGGUACAAAACCUUAGAAAAAAGCUUUAUUGGAUAAUUAAGGUUUCAUGCCCUGUCACACUGAGCCACGUUCCCAUUUAAAAAAAAAAAAAGUGGUUUAAGAACUUGUAUGACCUGGCAGAAAUGUAGUAGCAUCCAUAAGUAUUGUUUCCCUAGAUGUGGAGUUCCCACAUGUUUUUGGACAUGUUUAAAAAAGCCUGGCGAGGAUGUGGUAGAAGCAAGACUCAGGAAGAGCUUAAUAAGAUGUAUUAAUGAUGGAAUUGACCAGGUAAUGGCGAACUAACACCUGUUAGGGACUUUAUUAGGGUACAACAAACAUAGUACAGACUGGUAAGAUUGGACAUUGUCCUGAUUAAGUUGUUAAUGGGAUUAAAUUUAUAUUUACAUUUAGGCAUUUGGUAGACACUCUUAUCCAGGUGUCACAGCAUUGUUUUUUGUGUUAUGAUCAUAGAUUUAUGAUAAUAUCAUAUUAUCUUCAUAUUAUGUUCUUGUAGUAUUUACAAUGUUUAUGGCGCACAUGCAGCAGGUUGUCAAUGCAUUUAUUUCAUGUUUAGAGAAUUUAGUACAAAUACCGGGUCCAAUUCCUCACACCAUGACUUUGUGAUUGAAAGCACUGUGGGUGUUGAGGUAUUUAUUCCAAACCGUCAGCCAUAAUUACAAGGUAGUAAGCACGCGAUACGGGUGUGGAAAGAGUGUGAUAACUUUCUUCAAUAUCAUUUAACGUAGUUGUGUCUGAUUGUGUGUGCGAUAUGAAAUUAGUGACAACAUGACAGACGCAUUGAGAACCUAAUGCGGACAUUGCUAUAAAAUAGUAUGGACUUGAUUAAUUUGCAUUUUUCCCGUAUGACCUUGUUCCUGCUGUAUUCUUCAAUACUGUUAAGACACUGUGGGAACUUCAUAGUCUUUGUCCGAGUGUGACGGGGCCCUUAGGCUCCUAAAAGUUUUGUACUCCAACUCUUUCUAGAAUCUGUUUUAGGCAUCUACAUAGAUCCUUUAAGGGUUCAUAAGUGGGACAACCAGAAGAAUCCUUAAGAUUUCUAAAAAAAAUGUUACAACAGCAGGAAUUUUAUAUUGGAUUUUCUUAAUUCAUGGAAGCACGUGUCUUUUAAAAUCAGGUCCAGUUUAGUUUUCUAGAAACCUUUAAAGUUAGUCUUAAUGUUAUUUCAAUCCAUUUUUUUUUCCAUAGGUUAAAGGAAUGUGCAGAACUGUUAUAUUUUGUGUGAUGUUACAAAGAAAGUCAGGAAAUUAUUCAUUUUUCCAGUUCAGUUUGUUUGCUUUCAACUAGUUAGAGUUUGUAUUUGAUAAAUUCUCUCAUUUGUUUUUUCUAGAAUUAUGCGAUUACCAUUAAUCGCGUCUUAAAAUCUCAAACAGGUUGAAAAAAAAAUAAGAAAAAAUCUAAUGUAAGCUGAUGGCACAUAAGGACUUAAAGCCAUGAUGAUUUUUUUCCCCCCAAUAUUCAAGUUAUUGCUGGAGGACUUAAUAUAAAUGUACAGUACUGCAAUUCAUCUUAUUAAAUUAGUUUAAAUUAUUGCUUUAUAGAAAUUAGCUUAAUAGCUCUGAUCAGAUCUAUAGAUCAAGAGGUAGCGUGUUUUAUAACGCCUUUAAAAAGCUUUAGAAUGCCAUAUUUUUAGAUGGUAACUACUUAAAGCAAGGAAAUUCAUGACCAUAUAUUUCUAUGAAUGUUGAAUAAUAUACUUGGGUAUUUACAUAUUUAGUAAUACACAGUUGUGCAAGUUUAAAUAUGUUCAUAUAUUUACAGUAGUCAACAAGGAACAUUUAUUUCGAUAUUUCCAGAUUGCAAUGUAUAUGCUGAAUCUUAAUGAAGGAAUAUUUACUGAUUCCAAAAAUGUUAACCAUAAGGCAUUCCCACUGUUAUCUGUGUGGUCACAUUUAUGAAUUUAUUUGUCAUAGUUUAAUUUAAAGUGAAAGCUGCAUAUAAGGUUAAACUUCCCUACACAUUUGUGAACACUCAUACAGUGCAUGUGACAAAACGUAAGUGAUGGGUGACAAAAUAACGAACAAAUGGAAUGUUUGCUAAUAAGGUGUCUAUAAGCCACCAGAAUGACUGUGAUUAGUGUCACAAAUUGAAAGUUUCUGUACUGCACGAACAAACAUGUUUCUUAAAUCAAUGAUCCAAACAUACAAAUUAAUUUAUUCCGUUCAUAACUGCUGAUUACUUUGAAAUAUACAAACUAGUAUGUUGCUUGGUGCAGCUAGCCGUCCAGAAAACACAAGUUUUAAUAUAAAUGGCAAGACUAUUCCAAAAGAGUAAAACUAAGAUUACAAAACUAAGCGACUUUGCUUGGUCGUUUUUCAGCGUAUUCUAAAAGUAUAAGCAAUAACUCCUGAUAAUCAUAGUCUCUGGUUUGAAUACAGCUGGAGCCAUUGUAAAAUGAAUCUAGUUAUGUUAGUUUAACCAAAGCAAAAUACAAUUUGUCACCUAUGAUUUUUUUUUUACCUUAUACUGAUUUGCAGUGACACAUACCAUGUUAGAACGUCUUCUUCAGGUUUUUCUUCAAUUUGUGACCUUCCCAAACAUGAUGUACUGCUGAAUGAAACACAAUAAGAUGAAAAAUCAAAUCAUUAAAACAUUCAAGAAACACAUUAUUCUAUUAGAUGAAAUGAUUACUUUGCUAAGCUAAACGCUAGACACAUUAGAACAGGGCAUAAUGAGUAAAAUAGCAUUGUUUGGAAAACUUUUCAUUAAUAGUAGAUUCUUUCCCUUUAUUUCCUUCUUAUUUAACAUUAUUUUUGUGCUUUUGAGUAGAGAUAGUAAAUAAUUAAAUGUAUGGAUUUUUGUGGUAUGACUUUUGUUUGCCAGAUUUAUUUCCAUAACUACACAAAACUGUCCGUUACACGUUUGGAUCCAUUCCAUCACAUAUACACUGUCCAUUAUUUAACUCUGAAGCCUCCCAAAAUAAAGUUUACCUCUAAUAUUUAA